ACAAUUAAUAACUGAUACAUUAGAUAAUAACAAGACUAUGAUUAGCAGAGAAGAUAUUAUUGUUGAAAUUGAUGAGUCUAAAUUUGACAAAAGAAAGUAUCAUCGUAGUCAUAGAGUAGAAGAGAUUUGGGUUGUAGGAGACAUUGAGAGAACAGAUACAAAAAAGUAUUUUGUUGAAGUU